UCCAUCAUCUGAUUUCUCUGCUCUAAACCAAGUUUACAGAGCAUCAAAUUGAGUUAUGGCUCCAUGUUGGAAACAAAGGCUGACAUUGUGCCGUCCUUGCAUGAUUUGGUCAAUCAGUACGAGGUGAAGAGGAGGAGCAGAAGUAGAACAGGAGGAUGUGUCAGUGUUUGCUGGGGGGGGGGCAGCUCCUCCCAUCAUUAAGUUAGUGUGCUGCACUGGAGGUCCAUGUUUACGGGGCAGACGAGGUAGGUUCCUCCACUCAGAGGACAGCGAGUGGCGAGCCCUUACUCUCUACUGCCGUCUGUUAUUUCUGCAACGUACAGUGCGGGCUGCAUCAGGACCGGCUGACCUGCAUGCUCACAAGGAGACGGGGGAACUAAGCCUGCGCCAGCGGCUGCCGCUCCGCCUGCCCGGCCGAGGACUUAGAUUCUGCUUCCGCCGCCACCACCACCUCCAUCAUGUGCGACUGUUUCCACCUGGCCUUCCCCAACUGGCACGCCGCCUCCUCAGGGACGGCUGGCCGAAGGCUGAGAGGACCAGAACUUGGCACAGAGGAAGAAUCAAUAUGUGACGAACCAUCUCAGUUCACAGAGGGUGAAAGACCACGUCCCCAAGGAUCAUCCCCAGUGGAAGAAUAUCCUGAACCUGAAAAAUACACAGACAGUGACCAAGAGUUUGAAGCAGGGCAUGACCUACAGCACAAAAGCAGGAGUGGAAAGAAAACUAAAAAGUCUGGGCUUGGGUCAAUGUUUGAUAAGCGCUCAACUCCAAAGAUGAGUAAGCUGAAGGAAGUGCAUAGCCCCGAGUCUGGCGUGAUAGUCAAAACAGCCAAAGAUGGAUGUGCGGAGGGUCUCAUUUAUAGUGGAGGAGGAAAAGAAGGGAUCUUCAUAAAACAAGUGGUACCAGAGUCUCCUGCUUCAAAAAGUCUUAAACUGCAAGAAGGUGAUCAAAUUCUGAGUGCCACUGUGUACUUUGACAACAUUCCAUAUGAGGACGCUAUUCAGAUUCUGGAGCACGCUCAGGCCUACAAUGUAAAGCUAUGUUUGAAACGUAAACCACACACCACAGAGACUGAAGCAGCCAUCGACGCUGAUGUUAUCCCUAACGAAGACCUCUACGCUCCAGAACUGAGGGCACAAGGAAAAACCAAAAGACGAGGGGAUGCCCGCAUUUCGUGGCCCAAGUUUCCUUCAUUAGGACGAAAGUCACGCUUUACAAGGUCUCACAGUUCGUCAGAGGCUGAUGAGCAGAAAAAGCUGGAGCUUAGUCCACCAACAAGUGACACAGAGUCGCCUAUAAAAUCUCAGGAUGCUCUCAAAGGCAAAAAGAGGCAGAAAAUGAAACUUUCUGUUUUAAAAAACAGAGGUCGCAUAAGCUCAUCCGAAGACCAGGACACAGAAGCACCAACAACUGGGCAAAUCAGUGGUGACAUUUACCAGACAGCAUCCGAAAUACUUUCACCAGAGUGUCUCGAAAGCCUAUCAGUGGAAACAGCUGACAUUUAUGUAACAGAAGAUCAGAAAGUAGUGGAAGUGGAGCAAAAUGAAACAAAAACAGUUCAACACAAAGUGGAACUUUUAAGUAUAGAUGGCACUUUAAAAACAACAGAUCUAACUGUGGCUUUGACAGAUCAAGAAAGGCCCUCUGGUAUCACAUCCCCCCAGGAGAAGAAAAAAAAGAAAGAAAAGUCUGAAUUAAAAAUUAGAAUUUCGGGGAAGGACAAAAAAGAUGCAAAAGCAAAAUCCUCACCAAAAAGGCUAAAAACACUGGGGGCAAGUUUUGAAAUUGCCGAACAACGUCAAAAUGAAACAUUAGAUGUCAUCCCAUGUUCCCAAGAUACUCAAUUAAUCAGCAGUGAGUGUUCAAGGGAAACCACCAAAAAAUCUGUGACAACUCAGAGAGAAAUUAACAUGCCAAAGGUGGAACUGGAUAUAUCUGAUGUCACAUUUAUGUGUAAGCCUUCAAAGAAAGGUGAAGAAAGAGCUAAGACAGGAAGGGAGACAAAACAAAAACAAGACACAAAGACAAUGUUUAAGUUGCCUAAAAUAGGCCUAAGUGACGUUGCCACUGAGGAACCAAUCAAAAAAAUUAUUUUAAAUGAUGAAGAAUACAAACCUAAAUUUGAACAUCUAUCAGCUGAAGGUACAAUAGAGAUAAAAGCAGAUCCUUUUGACAGACUGCCUAAAAGCAACCUUUCUACAGCACAACUUCCCAAACGAGAAGAUAUAGAAAUUCCAGGUAUGGAAGAUAUGACAAUGACGCACAAAGCUAAAAAGUUUAAAGAGCCUAAAACUGAUUUUAAAAGACAAUAUGAAGAAAUUCCAGCAGAAUCUGUACAGUUGUCCAUUGAUGUUGACAGUGUGAAAGAGGCAGUGUCAAAACUUCCUGGAUUCAAGCUGCCCAAAGUUGACACAUCUGGAAUGCCUAUUCCAGAAGAAAUCACUGUGAUAGAUGCAAAUGCACAAAGAAUAUCAGUAAAAACGCCCACUAAAGUUGUUGAUACAAAGGCAAAGCAUGAGGGGUACUUCACUAAAUUUGACAUGACUGCCUCUCCACACAUCUCCAAGAGUACAAUCAAACUACCAAAUAUCAGUCCUGGUGAUUUAACUUCAGAUGUUCUUAUAACAGAAACCAGGAUAGAUAUUAAAAAAACAGAAAUGGAAUACAAAACCCAGCCUAAACAAAGUGACACAUACAUUCAACCUCAGGACUAUAAUAGAGAUAAUAUUAUGAUACCUGGCAAAGAAGAUGUACACGAGUCGGCCAUGACACAAUCACAAAAAAUAGAAAAAUCUCACACAGUUGAAGGCCAGGGACAAAUUGAAGGGCUCAUAUCUGAUGUCAAAAUACCUGAGAUCGACAACAUUGAAUACAUUGAUUCAGUCAGUGGUUCACCAGCUAAAACAGAUUGUGUCACUGGGCUCACCGGGGUUGUUGUUAAUGUUGAUGCUGAAAAGUCAAUGACUGAUUCUUUUGCAGAGAUGAAAGUGCAAGUAAAAUAUCAUGAAUCCAUCGAGCACUCAUUGAAACUGCCCAAAGCUGUAGCAAUUACCCCAAAAAUCAACACAUUAGGUGUAGAUAUAACCACUGAUGCAGCAAAAAUGAAAACAACUGAAAGAGAAGAAAGCGAGCGCAAAUGUAAAGAACCAAAGUUCGAUGUCACUACGCAUAAGGUAAAAGGACCUGAUAUUGACUUAAGUUUGUCACAGAAGGACACACAUAUCACACUGCCUUUGGACAAUGCUAAGGUCAAAAUCACACAAGCCCUUGAUUUCGACUCAGAGGUUCCAUUUGAAAAUGCAGAUGUUUCUCCAAACUCUCAAGUAGAAAUAAAACCUCUGCAAAUUGAGAGUGAUUUUAAAGGGCAAGUAACUAUGUUCAAAAUGCCAAAGCCUGAAAUUAAAAUGUCAAAAGGAGCCAAAGGCCCUGAAUUUGACCUAAGUUUGUCCAAGAACAAUGCAGAUGUGUUACUACAAACACGUGAGGUCAAACUCCCUGAGACUGAUGUUACUCUUGGAAUCAUGGAUAAACCUGAACUGAAGACAACUGUUGAAAAACCUGAACUGGAAUUUAAGCCUCUGCAAACUGAGGGAGAUCUUCUUGCACAAGAACCCAAGUUCAAAAUGCCAAAGCUUGGUAUCAAAAUGCCAAAAAUCAAGGGACUGGAAAGUGACCAAAGUUUUUCCAAGAAGGAUGUAGACAUCACAUUGCCAGAGGGUAAAAUCAGGCUGACGGACAUACCAGAGGUUGGAGGAACAGAUGUUUUAUUACCAGAGCAAAACAUAAAGGUUGAAAAACCUGAAUUGGAAAUCAAAUCUCAGCAAUUUGAGUUUGAACUUGAUACGCAAGGAACCAGGUUCAAAAUGCCUAAACUUGGUAUCAAAAUGCCAAAAAUCAAAGGACCUGAGAUUGACCUAAAUUUGUCCAAGAAAGACACAGAUGUUUUAAUACCAGAUAAUAAAGGUGAAGUCAAAAGACCAGAAGCCCAUAAGGCUGACUUUACUCUUGGAAACAAAGAUGUUUCUCUGUCAGAGCAGAAGAUCAAAGCUGAAAAACCUGACCUGGAAUUCAAACCUACGCAAACUGAGGGUGAACUUGACGUCCAAGGAGCCAAAUUUAAAAUUCCAAAGUUUCAUGUGAAAAUUCCAAAGGUGAAAGCACCUGAAAUGGAUGUGAAACCUUCGCAUGAAAAUGUGGAUGUUCAAUUACCAGAGGUAAAAGGUGAGGUCAAUCUGCCAGAUGUUGAUGUUUCAAUUGCAGAGGCUAAAACUGAUCUAAGAAAACCUGAGAUUGAACUCCCAGAUGCCCCCAAUAUUGAUGUCAGUUUUGGAAAAGCGGAAUUGUUACUGCCAGACAUGCAAAUGGCACAUAAACAACCUAUAGUACAAACCAAACCAAUGCAAACAAAUGUUGAACUUUUAGGAGGAAAGUUUAAAAUGCCAAAAUUGGGUAUCACAAUGCCAAAAGUGCAAGGGCCAGAAAGGGAUUUAAACCUGCUAAAGAAAAAUGCAGAUGUGACACUAAGCGAACCUACGGCAGAGAUCGGACUUCCUGUUGUUCAAGUGAAACAACCUUCUUCUGAAGAGGAAAUCAAAGCACCUGAAAUCAAAGUUUUAAGAGAGGACAAAGACGGAUCACCAUCAAAAUUUAAGAUGCCAACAUUCAAACUGCCAAAAUUUGGAAUGGGCAGCUCAAGUGCCACAGUAGAGGUACCUGAUAUGGACAAAGACAUCAAAAUGAAUGGAGCUGACAUAAUAAUUCCUGAAGAGGUUCUUACAGUUAGUGUUGAAGGUCCAUCAGUGGAUAUGAAAACUGUAGAAACAGAUUACGAAGGUAAAGGAGGCAAGUUUAAACUGCCAAGUCUUGGCUUUUCUGUGUCCAAAGGCAAAGGACAAGAUGCUGAUUUAAGUUUAUCGAAGGGAGAUGCAGAUAUGACACUACCAGAAGUCAAACUUCCUGUUGCUGAAGUGAAACAAUCUUCUGCUGAAGUGGAAAUAAAAGCACCUGAACUCAAUGUUGUAACAAAGGAUAAAGACGGAUCACCAUCAAAAUUUAAGAUGCCGACAUUCAAACUGCCAAAAUUUGGAAUUGACAGCUCAAGUGCUACAAUAGAAAUACCUGAGAUGGACAAAAACAUCAAAAUGGAUGCAGCUGACAUCACCAUUCCUGAAGACAUUCUUACAGUUAGUGUUGAAGGUCCCACAGUGGAUAUAAAAACUGUAGAAACAGAUCACGAAGGAAAAGGAGGCAAGUUUAAACUGCCAAGUCUUGGUUUUUCGGCAUCUAAAGGAAAAGUUCAGGAACAUGAUUUAAGUUUAUCAAAGGUAGAUGCAGAUGUGACAGUACCAGAAGUCAAACUCCCCGAUAUUGAAGUUAAACAACCUUCUGUUGAAGUGGAAAUCAAAGCACCUGAAAUCAUAGUUGUGACAAAAUACAAAGACAGAUCACAAUCAAAAUUUAAGAUGCCAACAAUCAAAUUGCCAAAAUUUGGAAUUGACAGUUCGAGUGCUACAAUAGAAGUAUCUGAUAUGGACAAAGACAUCAAAAUAGAUGGAGCUGACAUUAAAAUACCUGAAGAGGCUCUGACAGUCAGCACUGAAGGUCCGUCAGUGAACAUGAAAACUGUAGAAACAGAUCACGAAGGUAAAGAAGGCAAGUUCAAACUGCCAAGUCUUGGUUUUUCUGUGUCUAAAGGAAAAGUUCAGGAACAUGAUUUAAGUUUAUCAAAGGCAGAUGCAGAUGUGACAGUACCAGAAGUUAAACUCCCCGAUAUUGAAGUAAAACAACCUUCUGCCAAGGUGGAAAUCAAAGCACCUGAACUUAAAGUUGUAACAAAGGAUAAAGACGGAUCACCAUCAAAAUUUAAGAUGCCGACAUUCAAACUGCCAAAAUUUGGAAUGGGCAGCUCAAGUGCCACAGUAGAAGUACCUGAUAUGGACAAAGACAUGAAAAUAGAUGGAGCUGACAUUAAAAUACCUGAAGAGGCUCUGACAGUCAGCACUGAAGGUCCGUCAGUGGACAUGAAAACUGUAGAAACAGAUCACGAAGGUAAAGAAGGCAAGUUCAAACUGCCAAGUCUUGGCUUUUCUGUGUCUAAAGGAAAAGUUCAGGAACAUGAUUUAAGUUUAUCAAAGGCAGAUGCAGAUGUGACAGUACCAGAAGUUAAACUCCCCGAUAUUGAAGUAAAACAACCUUCUGCUGAGGUGGAAAUCAAAACACCUGAACUUGAAAUUGUAACAAAGGAUAAAGACGGAUCACCAUCAAAAUUUAAGAUGCCGACAUUCAAACUGCCAAAAUUUGGAAUGGGCAGCUCAAGUGCCACAGUAGAAGUACCUGAUAUGGACAAAGACAUGAAAAUAGAUGGAGCUGACAUUAAAAUACCUGAAGAGGCCCUGACAGUCAGCACUGAAGGUCCGUCAGUGGACAUUAAAACUGUAGAAACAGAUCACGAAGGUAAAGAAGGCAAGUUCAAACUGCCAAGUCUUGGUUUUUCUGUGUCUAAAGGAAAAGUUCAGGAACAUGAUUUAAGUUUAUCAAAGGCAGAUGCAGAUGUGACAGUACCAGAAGUUAAACUCCCCGACAUUGAAGUAAAACAACCUUCUGCCGAGGUGGAAAUCAAAGCACCUGAACUUAAAGUUGUAACAAAGGAUAAAGACGGAUCACCAUCAAAAUUUAAGAUGCCGACAUUCAAACUGCCAAAAUUUGGAAUGGGCAGCUCAAGUGCCACAGUAGAAGUACCUGAUAUGGACAAAGACAUGAAAAUAGAUGGAGCUGACAUUAAAAUACCUGAAGAGGCUCUGACAGUCAGCACUGAAGGUCCGUCAGUGGACAUGAAAACUGUAGAAACAGAUCACGAAGGUAAAGAAGGCAAGUUCAAACUGCCAAGUCUUGGUUUUUCUGUGUCUAAAGGAAAAGUUCAGGAACAUGAUUUAAGUAUAUCAAAGGCAGAUGCAGAUGUGACAGUACCAGAAGUUAAACUCCCCAAUAUCGAAGUAAAACAACCUUCUGCCGAGGUGGAAAUCAAAGCACCUGAACUUAAAGUUGUAACAAAGGAUAAAGACGGAUCACCAUCAAAAUUUAAGAUGCCGACAUUCAAACUGCCAAAAUUUGGAAUGGGCAGCUCAAGUGCCACAGUAGAAGUACCUGAUAUGGACAAAGACAUGAAAAUAGAUGGACCUGAUGCCACAAUUCCUCAAGACGUUCCUACAGUUAGUGUUGAAGGUCCAUCAGUGGAUAUGAAAACUGUAGAAACAGAUCACGAACGUAAGGGAGGCAAGUUUAAACUGCCAAGUCUUGGCUUUUCGGCAUCUAAAGGAAAAGUUCAGGAACAUGAUUUAAGUUUAUCAAAGGCCGACACAGAUGUGACAUUACCGAAAGUCAAACUCCUAGAUAUUGAAGUGAAACAACCUUCUGCUGAAGUUGAAAUCAAAGCACCUGAAAUCAAAGUUCUAACAAAGGAUAAAGACGGAUCACCAUCGAAAUUUAAGAUGCCAACAUUCAAACUGCCAAAAUUUGGAAUGGGAAGCUCAAGUGCCACAGUAGAAGUACCUGAUAUGGACAAAGACAUCAAAAUAGAUAAAGCUGAUGCCACAAUUCCUGAAGACGUUCUUACAGUUACUGUUGAAGGUCUGUCAGUGGAUAUGAAAACUGUAGAAGCAGAUCACGAACGUAAGGGAGGCAAGUUUAAACUGCCAAGUCUUGGUUUUUCUGCAUCAAAGGGCAAAGUGGACGAACCUGAUUUAAGUUUAUCAAAGGCCGACACAGAUGUGACACUACCGAAAGUCAAACUCCCCGAUAUUGAAGUGAAACAACCCUCAGCUGAAGUUGAAAUCAAAGCACCUGAAAUCAAAGUUGUAACAAAGGAUAAAGAUGGAUCACCAUCAAAAUUUAAGAUGCCAAUAUUCAAACUGCCAAAAUUUGGAAUGGACAGCUCAAGUGCCACAGUAGAAGUACCUGAUAUGGACAAAGACAUCAAAAUGGAUGGAGCUGACGUCACCAUUUCUGAAGAAGUUCUUACAGUUAGUGUGGAAGGUCCGUCAGUGGAUAUGAAAACUGUAGAAACAGAUCACGAAGGUAAGGGAGGCAAGUUUAAACUGCCAAGUCUUGGCUUUUCUGCAUCAAAGGGCAAAGGACAAGAUGCUGAUUUAACUUUAUCAAAGGGAGAUGCAGAUAUGACACUACCAGAAGUCAAACUUCCUGUUGUUGAAGUGAAACAGCCUUCUGCUGAAGUUGAAAUCAAAGCACCUGAAAUCAAAGUUUUAACAAAGGAUAAAGAUGGAUCACCAUCAAAAUUUAAGAUGCCAACAUUCAAAAUGCCAAAAUUUGGAAUGGGCAGCUCAAGUGCCACAGUAGAAGUACCUGAUAUGGACAAAGACAUCAAAAUGGAUGGAGCUGACGUCACCAUUCCUGAAGAAGUUCUUACAGUUAGUGUUGAAGGUCCGUCAGUGGAUAUGAAAACUGUAGAAACAGAUCACGAAGGUAAGGGAGGCAAGUUUAAACUGCCAAGUCUUGGUUUUUCUGCAUCUAAAGGAAAAGUUCAUGGACAUGAUUUAACUUUAUCAAAGGGAGAUGCAGAUAUGACACUACCAGAAGUCAAACUUCCUGUUGUUGAAGUGAAACAACCAUCUGCUGAAGUUGAAAUCAAAGCACCUGAAAUCAAAGUUUUAACAAAGGAUAAAGACGAAUCACCAUCGAAAUUUAAGAUGCCAACAUUCAAACUGCCAAAAUUUGGAAUGGGCAGCUCAAGUGCCACAGUAGAGGUACCUGAUAUGGACAAAAACAUCAAAAUGGAUGGUGCUGAUGCCACAAUUCCUGAAGACGUUCUUACAGUUAGUGUUGAAGGUCCGUCAGUGGAUAUGAAAACUGUAGAAACAGAUCACGAAGGUAAGGGAGACAAGUUUAAACUGCCAAGUCUUGGUUUUUCUGUUUCUAAAGGCAAAGUGGACGAACCUGAUUUAAGUUUAAUAAAGGCCGACACAGAUGUGACACUACCGAAAGUCAAACUCCCCGAUAUUGAAGUAAAAAAACCUUCUGCUGAAGUUGAAAUCAAAGCACCUGAAAUCAAAGUUGUAACGAAGGAUAAAGACGGAUCACCAUCAAAAUUUAAGAUGCCAACAUUCAAACUGCCAAAAUUUGGAAUGGGCAGCUCAAGUGCCACAGUAGAAGUACCUGAUAUGGACAAAGACAUCAAAAUAGAUAGAGAUGAUGCUACAAUUUCUGAAGAAGUUCUUACAGUUAGUGUGGAAGGUCCAUCAGUGGAUAUGAAAACUGUAGAAACAGAUCACGAAGGUAAGGGAGGCAAGUUUAAACUGCCAAGUCUUGGCUUUUCUGCAUCAAAAGGCAAAGGACAAGAUCCUGAUUUAACUUUAUCAAAGGAAGAUGCUGAUAUGACACUACCAGAAGUCAAACUUCCUGUUGUUGAAGUGAAACAACCUUCUGCUGAAGUUGAAAUCAAAGCACCUGAAAUCAAAGUUUUAACAAAGGAUAAAGACGGGUCACCAUCGAAAUUUAAGAUGCCAACAUUCAAACUGCCAAAAUUUGGAAUGGGCAGCUCAAGUGCCACAGUAGAAUUUCCUGAUAUGGACAAAGACAUCGAAAUAGAUAGAUCUGAUGCCACAAUUCCUGAAGAAGUUCUUACAGUUAGUGUUGAAGGUCAAUCAGUGGAUAUGAAAACUGUAGAAACAGAUCACGAAGGUAAGGGAGGCAAGUUUAAACUGCCAAGUCUUGGUUUUUCUGUUUCUAAAGGCAAAGUGGAUGAACCUGAUUUAAGUUUAAUAAAGGCCGACACAGAUGUGACACUACCGAAAGGCAAAUUCCCCGAUAUUGAAGUAAAACAACCCUUUGCUGAAGUUGAAAUCAAAGCACCUGAAAUCAAAAUUGAAACAAAGGAUAAAGACGGAUCACCAUCAAAAUUUAAGAUGCCAACAUUAAAACUGCCAAAAUUUGGAAUGGACAGCUCAAGUGCCACAGUAGAGGUACCUGAUAUGGACAAAGACAUGAAAAUGGAUGGAGCUGACAUCACCAUUCCUAAAGAAGUUCUUUCAAUUAGUGUUGAAGGUCCAUCAGUGGAUAUGAAAACUGUAGUAACAGAUCACGAAGGUAAGGGAGGCAAGUUUAAACUGCCAAGUCUUGGUUUUUCAGCAUCUAAAGGAAAAGUUCAGGAACAUGAUUUAAGUUUAUCAGAGGCAGAUGCAGAUGUGAAAGUACCAGAAAUUAAACUCCCCGAUAUUGAAGUGAAACAACCUUCUGCUGAAGUUGAAAUCAAAGCACCUGAAAUCAAAGUUGUAACAAAGGAUAAAGAUGAAUCACCAUCAAAGUUUAAGUUGCCAACAUUCAAACUGCCAAAAUUUGGAAUGGGCAGCUCAAGUGCCACAAUAGAAGUACCUGAUAUGGACAAAGACAUCAAAAUGGAUGGAGCUGACAUCACCAUUCCUGAAGACGUUCUUACAGUUAGUGUUGAAGGUCAAUCAGUAGAUAUAAAAACUGUAGAAAAAGAUCACGAAGGUAAGGGAGGCAAGUUUAAACUACCAAGUCUUGGCUUUUCUGCAUCAAAAGGCAAAGGACCAGAUGCUGAUUUAACUUUAACAAAGGGAGAUGCAGAUAUGACACUACCAGAAGUCAAACUUCCUGUUGCUGAAGUGAAACAACCUUCUGCUGAAGUGGAAAUCAAAGCAUCUGAAAUUAAAAUAUUAACAAAGGAUAAAGACGGAUCACCAUCGAAAUUUAAGAUGCCAACAUUCAAACUGCCAAAAUUUGGAGUUGGCAGAUCAAGUGCUACAGUAGAAGUACCUGAGAUGGACAAAAAUAUGAAAAUGGAUGGAGCUGACACUAAAGUACUUGAAGAAGUUUUGACAGUUAGUAUUGAGGGACCAAGCACUAAAGGCCCAUCAAUACACUUGAAAGCUGCCGGACUUGAACUUGAAGAAAAAUCAGACAAGUUUAAACUUCCAGGUCUUGGCUUUUCUGGCAACGGACAAGAUGCUGGUUUAAACAAAGAUGGACAACAUCUACCAGAAGCUACAGCAGAAAUUAAACUUCCUGUUGUUGAAGUGAAACAACCUUCUGCUGAAGGUAAAAUCAAAGAACCUGAAAUCAAAGCUGUGCCAAGAAUUGAUACUGAUCCUGGUGCUACAGUAGAACUUGAUGCAAAUUGGAAAAAGCCUACACUUUCUUUUUCAGAGUCAAGUGUUAAAGACACAAGAGUCAGUGCUGAACUUUCACAUGUUGAGGUUUCUCUUCCUGAGGGAGAAGUAAAGGUCAAGCUACCUGAAACGGAAACAAGAUCAUCUGAACUUGAAGCUGAACAUGUUGGGCAAAAAAGCAAAUUUAAACUGCCAAAGUUAAGUGUUGCUCUGCCAAAAGCAAAAGCAGAAGUUGAUUUAACCACAUCACAGAAAAGUGUGGAUGAGACAAUGCCAAGGAGUAAAGCAGAGGUCAAAGUUCCUGAAGUUGAAGUCAAACAACCAUCAACUAGUGUAGAAAUAAAAGCUUCUGAGAUUCAAGCAAAGUCCAAAGAUGUUGGAGGAUCCCCAUUAAAAUUUAAAAUGCCAACACUAAAAUUUCCAGGCUUCAGCAGCACUAGUCAUGACGUCAUCAGAAAAGAGGAUGCAAACAAAGAUGAAGAUGAAACUUAUGGAGCUACACUUGGGGAGGAGGAUGUUACUGUCACAAUCAAAGCUAAAAGUGCUGAUAUUAUAACAGAUUCUGAAACGCCAAAGAGCGAGAGUGUAGGUCAGGGAUCCCCAAGUAAAUUCAAACUCCCAUCAUUCAAAAUGCCAAAGUUGAGUUUUUUAAGAUCCAAACCUGAAGACGAAUAUGUCCCUGUUGAAACUGAAAGCAAAGACGCUCAACUGGAUGUCGAAGCAGAGUCAAAAGGUGACAUUCAAUCAACAAAAAUGACUUUGACAUCACUUGGUGAUUUUCUCAAGACUAUAGAUGUUGAAUUUGAUGUUCAAACAGAUAAAGCAGAACACAAUCUUGAAACUCCAAAAGAGAUUCAUGCAACAGAUAAAUCAAAUGGAAAACAGUUAGAGGCUAAGGAAAAGCAAAUAGAUACCAAGCAAGAAACUACCCGAAGUCCCGAGAAGACAGGUUGGUUUAAAUUGCCUAAGCUAGGUCAGUCAUUUACAGAGCCUGACAAGACUUUUGAAAAAGGUGAGCACAAAGAGGAAGAGACUCCAGUGGGGGAAACAGUGGAGGAGGAGAGUCCAACUUCUUCUGUUCAGUCAUCAGAUGCCUUUGCUGAUAUUAGCUCUACAAUGACUAGUGAACCUAUUGGCUUUUCUUCAUUUUCUCCCACCAAGGUAACAGUGAAAUACUCUGAUCCUAAUGCAGCUGCAGGAGUUAGAGAGAUACAAAGUAACAUUAUUACAUCAACCACAAAGACCGAGACCAUCUCUGUGGAGCCCAACCUACCAGAGAAAAUCACCAUUUUGUCAUCUGGAGUUACAUCUUCAUCAGAAGACACACUCACACUGGAAUCUGGAAAAAUACACGAUAUCACCUCAAAUGUUCACGCGACCUUAGAAGCACACCAAGCCAAACUACUGACUGCAGUGCAAGGCCAAUCAGCUGGAGGCCUUCCCUUAAAAUCAGAAGCUAAUGAAGCUACAUCCUGGACAGUGGAAGACUCACAAGGCGGCAGAAGAACUGUCAUUGAGAAGCAUGUAAUUAUGGAAACACGGGGUGAAAGCAGUGACACAAUUGUUAUAACUAAACAAGUUACCAAAACGUUCAAAUCCUCUGAGCCUCUCUCAGGUGAAACAGCCUCGUCCAUACAACGACUAAGAGACUCUGUGCACUCUGAGAAAAUGAAGUUCUUCGAUGAAGUUGAGAAAUGAAAUUAUUGGAAUUACAGCAGCACUUUCACUGGUCAUAAAAGGAGACAAAACAUGGCUGAACUGGAAAACACUGUUUAACUUACCAAUCUGGGCAAAGAACUGGGCAGCGUUCAGGUGUUCACUUCACUCUCUUGUUGCAUGUUGCUGAACUAUAACAAGAGAGAGUCUUGUAAUCCACACUAAUCUUGAUCAAGCUGUUCAUAAAAGAGAGGAGCGUGAUGAGUGCCCUUAAUAGGUCUUCAACAACUAUUGUUGCUCAUCAUGGUACAGACCCGACAUAGAAAGUAGUUUCUGUUUAGAUACUGUACCUUACUCAUUUCAUAGUUUUUGAUGUACAAUAUUGAUCUGAGAUUCGUGCAUUUGAUUUCAGCAAUUUUCUGCAAAAACAACACAGAGAUGUUUGUUGACUGAUCAAUGUGACUGACAUUCCAAAAUAUGUUUACAAUAAUUUGAAUUCUGUAUAUGUCAGACAGUAACGAACACAAACAUGUAUCAUUACAUUAUUCUAGUUGCUGUAGCAAAAAUGUAAAGAAACAAUAGCCAUGCAAAGCUGAAAUGAAAUGCUUACAAUCAACACAGCAAGUAUCCUGCUGCAGUUAUAUUUUUAUUAAUACUUUGCUACAGUACUUGGAGCCUAAUUUGCGAGAGCAGAAAUAUAUUAAAAGUGUAAAAAGCAAUUAUAAUAAGGUAGCUGUGUAAAUAGCUUUUAAUUACUUGUAUCUGACUAAUGCUCCUGUCUGUAUUCUAAAAGCUUGAACAUGUUUGCACACAAAAAUAAAUAGUAUUAUAUGCUCAA